AUGACACAAAAGGAAAUCGAGGAAGAGAUGUUGCCUUCAUCCGAGACUGCAGUGGUGCCAGCCAAGGAGCCGAUGCCGCUGCAGAACUUCAAGACGGAGAAAAUCACGAUGACUUUGCAGGAAAUUGCUGCGUUGCAGAAAACUCUGCCGACUGAGGAGGAGAUUGCGUCUCUGAUCACGAAGCUGCGCCGAGUGUCGUUCGAGAACGCACACAAACUGUUUGACUUGUAUCGUAAUUUUGGCAACCCAUAUCUGGACGAAAACUUCUUGACUCCUGGAGUAUUGGCGUGUUGCGAAGCGAAAAAGCCAGCGGAAGGUAUUCAUAUUGUUCGGGAUAUGCUUAGUCAGGGGCGGAAAGUGGACGAGUCGACGCUGCGAACUCUGUUCGAUGCAUGUGACAAAGCUUCGGCUGCAGUGGAAGUGAUUGAGCUCUGGGAUUUGAUGGAAAAGGCUGGUAUGAAGCUGGAACGGGCGGAUUACAACCGAUUCCUCGACAUUUGUUACCGUCAAGAGUAUUUGGAUGGUGCUGUCAAGGUACUGAAGCAACUUCGUCUGCUCCGUCAAAUCUCAGUGCAUACGUACAUGCACUGGCUACUGCGCGCUUCAAUUGUGUGGCGCUCUGACGCGUUUUUCGACAUUUUGAUGGAGAUGCGACUAUCUGAAGUUGAGCCGGAGAUCAUGUCGCUCACGUCGCUGGAGUCUGGACGCAAGGACCGUGCUCUGACGGUGAUGGAAGGAGUGCGUGCUGUUGGAUUGGAUCCUUGCUUUGCGAUGUCGUCGGUCUUCUCGUCGAUGCAGGCGUCCGUGUACCAGAAUGGACCGAGUUGCCGGGCUCUUACGAAGAAGGAAAUCAAGGACGCAAAGGAGAAGUUUGGUGACCUCAAACCGAUCGAGUUGGAGUGGCCUGUGACUCCAACCCCUCAGGUGUUGGAGACCCAGGCUGCAGGGUUGCUUCUGCAGCAAGAAACAUUCCGUCGAUUAAAGCGGCAGCAAGUGAAGCACAUCGAUAAGUUGCUGGAGAUGCUUCCUAUCACGACCAACAUGACCAUCAACCUACGCAAACAACUGCUGCGGAUGUCGUUGCUGGUGAACACGCAUCGUGUUCGUCGAGACAGGGACACGAUCUGCAAGGAGUAUGACAGCGGUCGCAGCUUAAUCGAGUUGUCGACGGUACACAACUACCCUCCCGUGUCGCUCAUGCGAGUUAUCCUUCGUGCUAAGGGCAAAAGUCAGGUUCAGAUCAAGAACGCUUUGGCCAAACCUGCUGAGAAGCUUUCAAAGCGUGAUCAACAUGAACUACGCAAGGCUAUCGAGUACGACAGCGUUCACAAGAGUGAUCCGCUCAUCGGGCCAAGGGUAUUCGUUUGA